AUGGCCCGUGUCCCGCCCCCGCUGCCCAUGGAGGCCUUCCUGUGGGCCUCCCACUUCCGCCUGGGCCACGACCUCCGCCCGGGCCGCUCCCCGUGGUCCUUGACCUCCCGCUUCCGGGAGGACUUCCCCCCACGCUGGGGGUCCUUCCGCCCGCCCCCGGCCCGGCUGCCCCCCUCGGUGGACGUCCUGAACCAGGACAUGGGACCCCGCUGGGACCCCCGCUCCGAGGCGACCCUCUCCUUCCCCCCGCGGCCCCUCGAGCCCCGGCCGGAGAUCCGCCUGACGGACACGCGGCCCUGGAUGCACCGCGACCCCUCGGCCCUGCCCAUCCCGCCCUCCCUGACCCACCAGAGCUACCCCUGCCCCCCCACGGUGUCGGUCCCACGGAGGAAGGUGGACAAGUGGGAGGACAACCUGCCCCGUGGGGACCCGGACAAGCUGCCCCUGCCCCCCUCCCUCACCCGGGAGGCCUUCCGGGGGCACGCGGGGGUCACGCGGCCGGACAAGGCCCCCUCCGCCCAUCUCGGGGAAGACGCUGCUCUGAGAGGCGACAGCCGUUAUUACUACGAGACGUCCUACAAAUCGCAAUACACGGGCAAAGGUGGGGCCCCGGCCCAGCCAUAUAAAGAGAUCAUGGAUUCCAUUCCUUUUGGGGACCCCCAUUGCCACGACAUGGAGAGCGAGCAGAAGCAGGCCUUCGCCCCGUGGCCUCCUAGCAGUCAGCGGUAUGACCGCAUGGAGGCCGUGGCAAAGGUCUUCCAGACCAAUGUCCAGCCAGGGGACGGACGCCGGAGUUUCUCCACCAUUUCGUCCGGAGUGUACACGUGGAAGAAUCCAGCCGAAAGAAGAGGCUCCGGGGCCUCCCUUGUUUGCGGCCCCCGAGAAGCCCCUGCCGCUGAGCCUGGGAGACCCCCGCCUGCCCGCCUCCUUCGCCACCACACACAAUUCGAACUACGUGCCGCCCGCGGACGAGGCCCACAAAGCCCCCUCCGCCCAGGGAGACCUGCUCCACAGCAACAUCCCCUUCAACUACUACCCUCCGAGAGCCCCGACCACGUCCACGCAGGACAUGCUGGUCCCACAUCCCGUGAAGAAGCAUCGCCUCAGCCAAGAAGAACUCGAGCGGCUGCAGGGCACCCACCUGGUGUACCCCUGGCGCGGCCAGCGAUGGUUCUCCACCGAGACCAAGGACCGCUUCUGGAACAAGUACUCGGGGCCCAUCGUCCUGGCCAGUGGGGACUUCCAGAAGAGCAGCCUCCCCUUGGGAACCAUGGACGACUACCUGCCCCGGCCCAAGAGGCCUGCCUGAGAGACACAGAGAGAGACAUUAAUAAAGCCAUCCUUCACACUAUAUCAAUAUUAGGAGCGUUAUGUAUCCCGAAGGGCGUGUCAAGGAAUCCGUAAUGGCCGCAAAACAUCACCAUAAGUUCCUUCCAUAUACAAUACAUACAUAUACAUAUACAUAUAUACACAGAGAUGUGUGUGUGUGUGUCAUUCAUCUCUCUCUC